UCCAACCAAGCAGUCUAUGACAACCGCAUCUACUCGUGCUGUCAGUUCCUCUCAUCACCAAGCAGCUUCCAAAGCUCGCUGCCAUGCCGAUUCGCAAAGAGGAGUCAUCUGCAACCGGAAAAUCGGCGCCAACCGGCAACAAGAAGACGUCGUGGUUUAGAAGAAACAAAACUAAACAGACGCCUCUGACUGACACUCAGCAGCAGGACGACAACAAGAGAGAGAAACAACUGCAAGCAUACGUGGCAUGGAUAAAUUCUCAUCUGAGGAAGAAACCUGGAUGUAAACUCAUACAGGAUCUUCGAACUGACAUUGCAGAUGGCAUCAGUCUUAUCCAUCUUGUGGAAGUUAUAUCUGGUGAGGUGCUGCAACAUAUUGAUAGAGCACCAAUGUCUCAAGCAGCGAAGAAGGACAAUGUUGAGAAAGUGCUGCAGUAUAUGAUAGGAAGGAAGAUUCGUAUGCAUGAAACUACCUCAAGGGAUAUAAUGGAAGGCAGUUUAAAGUCUAUUAUGAGACUUAUUCUUGCUCUUGCUGCUCACUUCAAGCCGACCACCGUAGGCAAACCAGCUCCACUAGACGCAGUCUCACUUCAAAGUGGAUUUACUACAUCUAUAAUCUACAGCAAUCCUGCAGCAAAAACUCCGCCUACAAGGAAACAUCUGUCUACAGGAAGCUUUGACCCUGCAGGAUACUCACCACCGAAUCCUUUCAGCAGCUAUGCGAUCAAUGGUCCAGGGCAUGGAGAUAUUGUCAACUUGUCUGAUGUCAACAGUGAUUUUCCACCAUUUCGUAGGCCAUCUGUAUAUAGACAACUAGAACCAGGCGGAGGAGGAGUGAAGAUAACACGUGCUAAGGAAAGAUUUUGUCUGAUUGAUUUGGAUUCUAGUGUGGCAAGUAGCAUGUGUAUACCACCUACCAAUCGCAGUCCACAUAAUGGUAAACGUCUUAGUGAUCUAUUUAUGUGGCCGUCACCUGAGAUUCAAAGGGCCAUGAUUCCUAGUCCACAAAGCAGAAAGAAAGCAACUGUUAGAAAGAGACGAUCAUCAGCCCAACAUUCACCAGAAAAGAUCAGAACACGGCAUAGCCACAUUGUUAAACCUGGGCAAACAUCACCCGGCCAACAGCAGCAAAGUCAUUCUACAAAUGUGUCACCAUUUACUAUCGCUUUUGGCAUCGAGGAGCCAUCAGAAACAUCUACCAGCAAUCUGGACGUCUCAUGCACUGUUGUUGACGAUAAAGCUGAUGACAGCAAUGAGCCCGAUGGAGCAAUGAUGAGUAGAAAAGUACAAGCAGUAGAUCCCAAAGGUGCCGAGAGUGAGGACAAUGAUGACAUCGAAUCUCAAGACAGCGAUGCUGAAAUAAUGCCGGUUUUACUGGAGCAGAGAGACGCAACAGAGAAGGAACUGACGGAAAUGAAGUCAUUUCUCUACGGGCUGCAGCAUCUUUUGCUGAGCAGUGAUGCACCUGAGAAUGCGGUUAUUCCUACUCAUGAGUUUGAGUUGAAAGAUGAGCUGACACUUUCACUCGCUGAAGGCGAUCAACUAAAACAUAAACUGAGAGCGCUGCAAAUUCAAUUAGAAGAGAGCGAGAAGAAUGAAGAGUCAUUAAAGGGUCAAAAUAGUAUUCUUCUAAAGAAACUGGACGAUAGUGAGGAAACGAUAAGGAAAAUGCAAGCACAGCUUCGUGAGCCGUCAGCAGCUGAGAAAGGAGCAGACAGAGGCAAAAGUGGCAAACUGGAAGAGAGAAAUGAUACGCUUGAAGAACUGAGGUCACAACUGAUAGCUCGUGACAACAUGAUUGAUCAGCUGCAGAAACAACUUGAUGAGGCAACACGACGUAUUGUAGACCUCGAGACAGUGCAGGAAUCACUUCAGAUGCAAUUAGACAAGAAAACAUCUCAGGUUCGAGAGCUUCAGUCGAGCCUCAAUGUUUCACAGACUCAAAGAAUACCCAAUCACAACGGCUCUUCAUCACCAGAAGGAUUCCAUGCGAACCCAUCAAGAUCAGACUCGUGGACUUCAGACAGUUGUGGAAUGCCAGCAGAGAUUCUCAGCGACAUUGAUAACAUUCAACGAGAAGUAGCCGGUUUAAAAGUUUCUCUCUCGAGAUCAUGUCCACAACAAUGCAAGCCUGUAGAAUUAUUAGAACACUCAAUUGCUCUGCUCUUUGACAAGAUAGACUGUGGCCAUUCUCAAGGUCGACGGAGAAAAUCACUUAGGAAUAAUGACGUUUUUAGAUCAAUGAGAAAGAGCAAGAGUCAUCAUGAUGGUAGUCUCUCUGUCAGUUCCGUGUCAACAAAAGUUGCUUAUUACACCAGCAGGAAUCAGACGCCCUUUCUAACUUCUAUUCCAAAGAGGUUGGGUGAGAUAACACUGAGGGACUUCAGGGAUGUGUUUGAUCGUCCUGGUUCGUAUCGCUUUCAUUUCAAAGCAAUGGAUCCAGAAUUCGGUGCCGUCAAGUUAGAGUUGUCUCACGAAGAUGACAUCAUCCCUGGAUGGGAAGGCCGAGUUGUCGUGUGGGUCGAAGAAGACACCUACGUCUAACAAAUUUUGCAAUCACAACGUACACAGUAGACAGAAACUAUGUCUAUAUAUCUAUACAGCUUCUAAUAGUUAUUUUGAUGUCAAACUUGUACACAACGUGGAUUACGAUGAUUUGUCAUAUAAAGAAGUUUUAUUAUUUAUA